CAGAUGUGGAAGUGGUUUAGAAACAAAGUGCAGUGAUCAGGACAACGUCAGUGUGAAUUGAAAAAGGAUCUCCAUACACUCAAGACCAAAUGACGCUUGUUUUGAUUGCUGUAUUUGUGAACAUUUUGUCCACAUCUCUACAGGAAGAAGAUCUGAGUGGUUUAAGACCGGCGCAUAUUUACAAUGGUGGAGUGAGCAAAGUGAUCGAAAGUGAAAAUGUCACAUUUAAGUGCCACUUUGCUGAUUCGACAGUAAGCACAGUCUACAUUUACCUCUUCAAAAAUGGUGAGAAAGUCAUGAUGGAUUCUUUUCAAGAUGCAAAAAGAGACGACACCAAAUUCAACAUUACCAGUGUCACUGUAGAACAUUCUGGAUCGUACACAUGCCUUUACUCUGAACAGAGUCUCAAUGUCAGCAAGACGAAUGCGACAGGAAACAACUCCAUCUCACUCCAGGUUUUGGGAAAAUUUUUACCAGCGAAACUUAAAAUAACAAAUCCAUUAGAAACAAUGGAAGAGACUUUGGCACUGACCUGCAGCUUAACACACAAUCAGAACUGUACUGAAGUCUACAUUUAUCUCUGUUUGAAUGGAAUCAGACUCAGAAAGCAGAGGGUGAAAUGUGGUGAUCUGAUUAUUUCCACAACAUUUCUACUAGAGAAAAGCUCAGGGAGUUACAGCUGUGUGUAUUCAGUGUCUGAUUAUAAUCUCAAUGAGGUGAACGUUACAGGAGAAAACACCAUCUUCAUUCAAGAAUGUAAUAGAGAUGGUUUUGGUCUUUUGAGUCUUAUAAUUAGUGCUUUUGGAGGUGUACUAGUGGUUCUGUUGGUGGUCAUGGGAUUCUUCUACUGCCAAGGCAUUUGUUCAUUCAAAAUGUACAAAGAUCCUGAUGUAAGGACCAGACCACACAGCGAGGUUUUCUACCAUGAGAUCAGAGAAGGUACGCUCUGCAGGGAGGAAAAUAGAGAAUUUAUGUUUUUCAGUGGAAGUUGCAGUAGAAGGCCUUGUGAAAGUCCAGUGGAAACUGUUGCAGUGAGCAUUGUAAACGCUUCAUAUGUAACAGUGCAAAAGCAUGGAGAUGAACAACCUGAGGUGAAAAAUGCAGUGCAAACUAUAGACGUACCCUGUUAUGACAGCAUUAAAGGCCCGUAUGCUACAGUCCAGAAAAGCGAAGAUAAAACAAGGAACGAGCAAGUAAUGCAAAGCUUCAGCUGUAAAGGAAAUUCAAUGUACAGCAUGGUGAGUCAAUGAGGUCUCAUCAGCCAACAGCAAAAACCACAAAGUACAUCGAACUAGAGAUCAUCUACAGUAAACCAUCAUACACAGCUUUUAAUAAUAACAGCGUCUCUAUGUGAAGAAUGAAACUGAGCACACUUUCACAUACACAAGCUGAAUUAAUACAAAUCAACAUUGUUAAAUAUUCUGUACUUAUACUUUUAGGACUGUUGUUUUCAUCAGUUGCCAAACUGGCCGUAUUUUUAAAUAACAUAAUUUUUUAUCAUUUCAUGACAUAAUUAUUUGUUGUUUUCUUCAAAUAGUUCAUCAAAUUGUAUUUAUUCGAUCAUGACUUAUUAUAAUGUAAUACUGUAAUAUUCUGUUAGCAAAAUAAACUCUUGUCACUUCUAAUGAACCAAUAAAAAUUACAUGCAUAUGUGUAAACACAAAACCAAUUUCUUUGCAAGUGGUGCCAUUACAUUUUCCCUUCACUUGAACUAGAAGACCCAAAUCUGUUCCUGCAUGGCAAUGCUCCUGUGCACAAAGCACACUCCAUGACGAAAUGUUUUACAUGGUUUGGAAUGAAACAUCUCGAGUAUCCUUCUGUUCAGCUUUGACCUCAACCCUAUUGAAUA